CAUCGUUUUCCAUAUUUUCAAACAAAUGAAAUGAGAAUGGGAACCAUUACUGCAUUACGGUCCUUAAGUUUUCUCCGGGUUUGGGCAUAUAUCAAGAAAUUUCUACUUCUUGCACUGAUAUUAUGCACAGUCGAAUUUAUUCCUGGAAAUGCUGGAAAAUUAACUACGGAAGCAAUUGUUUUUUGUAGAGCAUUCAAUUACAGUAAUUUACUAUGUAGCAAAUUUUGCGAAACUGCAGGUUAUACACUUGGAGAAUGUACAUUACAGAAGCAUGGAGAGGACAGAAACGUAUGUUUGUGUUAUAGAUUUGAACCAGAAUUAAAGACUGAUGCUUAAUUCUAUUCUGUAUAUUUGUUUGUUUUUAUUUGUAUUCAGUAACGUAACAAUCAGGCGAUCCGCCGAGAGGAUGUCUCCCGGGAAGUUUUUCUAAAGGAAGUUAAUCCCUAUGAAUGUAUGCCUCUUU